AUGUACCUCCCAUUCCUUCUAUCCCUUGCGAUGGUGGGCUUGGCCCGGUCAUCUGGCUGCGGCAGAGACAUUCCCUCCGAAUUCCCCAGCCCCGGCUCCAGCAAGAGUCUGCAUCUGCCAGGAACCGACCGAGAGUACCGACUGUACAUCCCGGCCACCUACGACAAGAAUCGACCGACUCCGCUGUACUUUUCCUUCCAUGGCGCGUCCAAGGACAUGCUCGAGCAGGAAGAGCUCUCGCAGUUCUCCAAUCCUGAGUUCAACAAGGACGGCAUCGCCAUCUACCCCAACAGCAAGAAUGGCUACUGGCUAUCAAACCCCAAAGCUGAUACCUCAAGACCAAACGACCUGGACUUCACCAACGACCUCCUGUCGCAUAUGGAGGAACUGUUGUGCAUCGACUCCAGCAGAGUCUACUCCGCUCGCAAAUCCAAUGGCGGCGGGUUCACCAUUGUAAUCGCUUGCAACGCUACAGUUGGCAGCCGCUUUGCAGCCUUUGCCUCUGUGAGCGGUGCAUACUACGACAACGAUGAAACGCCAGGCAUAGGGCCGUGUGCGCCCGCCCAGCGCGAGAAAGGCUAUCCAUUCCUCGAGUUCCACGGCACGAUAGACACCACUGCGCCGAUUGACGGAAGUACUUCAAAAAAUCCCAAGCUGCCUACCAUUGACAUCUUGGAAGGCUGGGCCGAGCGGAAUGGCUGUGGACAUGACGCCAAGUGGGCGCAGAAUGUGACCGUUUUCGAGAACCCGCUUGUCAAGCAUGCUAUCUGGGACUGUGAUGGUAAGAAUGGUAUUGUUCAGCACUAUCGUGAGGGCGAUAAUGGUCAUUGCUGGCCAAGUACGGUGCCGAAUGAUGACUACACUAGUCAUCCUGAUCAGUGUCCGUUGGGGAAGUAUGUUUUCAACGCCACUGAGUAUAUCUUUGAUUUCUUUGCUGGAUGUCGUCUGGAGGUGUGA